AUGAAUCGUCUUGGUGCUGAAUACAUUAUUCUCCUAGUCGACGAAGUACUUUCUGUCCUAGUCUGCGCCUUCGAGCUCAUUGCAACCAUUCUAACCGCCAUACGUUGCAUCAUGGCCCUAUGGUCACAGACGCACCGCGAGCGGCGUUUUACGAAAAACAUCAUGUUCUUCAUGUUUCGUGAGGGUCUAGUAUAUUUCGGCCUCGUCUUUGGGUUUACGUGCGCCGCUGCGGUGCUCAACUUCGUUGUCAAUGCGAAAAUGUCCCACGAGCAUCAUCACCAUUGGCAUCCAGACUCCACACUGAUAGUGAAUCAGUUUCUGGGAAAGCUUCUGAACGCUUUCACUCUUCCACUCUCAAGCCUCCUUUCCGCUCGCCUCCUCCUCGACCUCCGCGAGUGGAACGAGCGCCAGCGCAUCAUGGUCUCGCAGGACGAUCACGCGUGGCAUUUCCCCUCGUCCGAGUACAACCUCAAUGGUCCCUCCAAGGGUUCGGGAAAACAGCCCAGCAGCCGCCGUUCCCCCCGUUCUGGUGGCCUCGGGAUCGAGUCUGCUCGUGUUCCUGGUUCCGCCAACUGUGCGAGCGGACGUUCUGCAGGAUCCGCGAGGUCUGUCCGAUACGGGGACUCGCUCGGGCCGUGGGAGGUUGCGAGGCGUGAAGAUGUUGGCGGCGUUCGAGCGCCCGUGGGUGCGGAAAACAUCGAGCUCGAUGACUUGAGCGCUCGUGCUAGCAGCGCGUUUGAGGACGAGUUUGGUAAGGAUCCGUUCGAGACGGUGCAUAGACUCGACGACGCGCGGUGGAUCGAUCCGGAAACCAUGAUUUCGGAUAUCGUGGAGUACCAAAAAGAUGACUCCCGUGAUCAAGCGAGCAAGGAGGUCCAGGGGGCAGACAUACCCGAGGUUACAGUUACGCACGUCGACGGGCCCGAGGUAUUCGCGACUCGCAGGUGUGAUAAUGGAAGGCAUUCUCCGGGUGGCCUUUCAGCUCUCUUGUCUGCUCUACAAGUGGGCUCGCGUGCAUCCUCGCCGACAGGUAGCAGGCGCCGCCUUUCCCCCUCUCCCACACCUUCAUCGAGGGAAGGCGAGGACGAAGACAGGUUCCGGGACGUUAGCAUGGGGCAGGCAGUCUGA